CGUCUGUUUGCUCACAAGUUACCGGUUGCAUCCGGCGUGCGCGUUGCAAACAGAGAAGUCACAACGUUUACGGCGCAUUGUGUAAACGCCGGCGUUGCACUUCGCUCGUGAUGUACUCCGUGCAAACGCGUCAGUUUGUUUGUCUCAUUCUAUAAUUUAAUGUUGGCUGGCAUCUCGAGUGGCAUCAUCGCGACUAGUCUGCGUCGGCAAAUAAACAGACGAGACGCGUAUCUCUCUCGGAAAUUUCCAGAACAAAGAAAUGUUUAAGUGGAUUCGAGCGCGCAACGGUGGCGCAGGUGAGUUCGCCGACGCCGAAGGUGUGCGAAACUAAUUUCCGUCGCGCGAUGAAGUUACUACUGCAUCAAUUCAAUGUAAUGAUGAAUGCAUCUGCGGAGGAAAAUAAAAAUGGAGUAGAGGGCGCUGUGUGUCAAGGACUCGGCGACUCGGCUGUCAUCGGUAUGAGUUUGCAUUUCUUUCGUGUGUGCUGGUUGGGGUGUAAUGUGCCGCGUAUAAAAGCUGAUUAUAAAGUAAAUUCGGUGAGUUUGCAUGAAUAGAAUACAAGUUAGUGAAGUUGAAACAGUAUAGUAGUGGUUGAACAAGUCGGUUGUAGUCAUAGACAGUAAAUAUUGAGUCAAAUGUUAAAAUUCGAUGAUAUGCACAUUAUAACCUCAGAAGUGUUGGUGCCGCCAGCGAUGACCAUGAAUUUGACGAGGAUGCACGAGUCGCACCGACUGCUGCAAGGUAGUGAGUGCAGAUCCGUGUCCGUGUUAGGUCGCGCGCGGCGUGCAGCAGAUCGUGUUUUUGUUUUUAUCAGUCAGUCGUGUUGUUUGAUUGGAUCUGCAAGUGAUUGUCGUGGCUGGUGAGACUUCGCACGCUGUAUUAAACUGAUGAUGAUUUAUCAAGUUUAGUGAAUGAAUAUUUAGAUUGGGAUCAUGAAUCGACAGCUGGCGAUGUCUUCGACCGCAUCAUGAGCCAUGCGGUGGUGGGCGGCCGCUUUGGGGGUGGUCGUCGGACUGCUCGCGGUCGCCGCCGCCCUACCCCCGGUUAUUAAAAUUGGGGCGAUAUUCACACAGGAGCAAAAGGGCAGCAUCGCCGAGCUGGCAUUUCGAUACGCGGUGCACAAGAUCAACAAGGAUAAAACGCUGUUACCGCACACGACACUCGUCUACGACAUACAGUAUGUUCCCAAGGAUGACAGUUUUCACGCCAGCAAAAAAGCUUGUAAUCAAGUACGAUUUGGGGUGCAAGCGGUGUUUGGUCCUUCAGACCCUAUGCUGGGCUCACAUAUUCACUCGAUAUGCGACGCCCUCGAUAUUCCGCACCUGGAGGCGCGCCUGGAUCUCGACACCGAUGUUCGCGAGUUCUCCAUCAAUCUACAUCCGGCGCAGCAUCUUCUCAAUGCUGCUUUUCAGGACGUCAUGUCCUUUUUAAACUGGACACGGGUUGCUAUUAUUUACGAAGAAGAUUAUGGGUUAAUAAAACUACGAGAGUUGGUGCGCUCGCCACACAACAAGGACCUAGAGAUUCAUAUUCGCCAAGCCGAUCCGGACACAUAUCGCGCCGUCCUCAAAGAGAUCAAAAGCAAGGAGAUUCACAACAUUGUCAUCGACACGAAGCCCACGAACAUGCAUCACUUCCUCAAAGGCAUAUUACAAUUGCAAAUGAACGAUUAUAAAUAUCACUAUCUCUUCACGACGUUCGACAUCGAGACGUUCGAUCUGGAGGACUUCAAAUACAACUUCGUCAAUAUGACGGCGUUCCGCGUCGUGGACGUCGACGACCUGGGCGUACAAGAGGUGCUUCGAGAUAUGGCGCGUUUUCAACCGCCGGCGCCGAGCGUCUCUUUCAAUUCGUCCUUUAUUCAGGCGGAAGCAGCAUUGAUGUACGACUCAGUGUUCGUGUUCUCAAUCGGCCUGCAGACUCUGGAGCAGUCGCACACCCUCAAGCUGUCGAACGUGUCCUGCGACAGAGAACAGCCCUGGGACGGCGGACUGAGCCUCAUUAAUUACAUCAAUGCGGUGGAAUUCAAAGGGCUCAGCGGGCCGAUCGAGUUCAAGGAGGGACGGCGUAUCCAGUUCAAAUUGGACCUGCUCAAACUCAAACAGCACGCGCUAGUGAAAGUCGGCGAAUGGAAUCCGGCCGCCGGCGUGAACAUUACAGAUCGCGCCGCGUUCUUUGACCCGGGGACGAUGAACGUCACCCUGGUGGUCAUCACUAUUCUCGAAACACCCUAUGUAAUGAUGCACUGGGGUAAAAACUACACGGGUAACGGCCGCUUUUACGGCUUCUGCGUCGACAUCCUCGAGAGCAUCUCCAGGGAGGUGGGCUUUGACUAUCUGUUGGACUUAGUACCCGACCGGAAGUACGGCGCUCAGGAUCCGGAUACCGGCGAGUGGAACGGAAUGGUUGCUCAGUUGAUGACGCAUGAGCAACCGUACGUGAUGAUGAGAGGUCAGCCGAAUCUGGCGGGCAAUGCGCGCUACGAGGGGUUCUGCAUCGACCUGCUGGAGGAGAUCGCCGGAAUGGUCGGCUUUGAGUACCGCAUCGAGCUUGUACCAGACGGCAAGUACGGCGCAAUUGAUUUGGAGACCGGCGAGUGGAACGGUAUCGUUAGACAACUCAUGGAUAAGAAAGCCGACCUGGCCGUCGGAUCGAUGACGAUAAAUUACGCGCGCGAGAGCGUAAUCGACUUCACGAAACCCUUCAUGAACCUGGGCAUCAGCAUCCUUUUUAAGGUCCCGACAUCGCCGCAAACCAAGCUGUUCUCAUUCAUGAACCCGCUAGCGAUGGACAUUUGGAUGUACGUGUUCUCGGCGUACGUGCUCGUGUCGAUAACAAUGUUCAUCGUCGCCCGUUUCUCGCCGUACGAAUGGCAGAACCCGCAUCCGUGCGAGAUCGAGAACGAAACGAUCGAGAAUCAGUUCUCGAUGCCGAAUUCGUUCUGGUUCACAAUCGGCACACUCAUGCAGCAGGGUUCCGAUCUUAAUCCAAAGGCGACAUCUACACGCAUAGUCGGCGGGAUUUGGUGGUUCUUCACCUUGAUUAUUAUCUCGUCAUACACAGCGAAUCUAGCCGCAUUUCUCACUGUGGAACGAAUGAUUACGCCGAUUGAGAACGCAGAGGACUUGGCCGGGCAGACCGAGAUCCCCUACGGUACUCUUGAAAGCGGUUCAACAAUGACUUUCUUCCGGGAUUCCAUGAUAGAAACCUACAAAAAAAUGUGGCGAUUCAUGGAAAACCGGAAACCCUCAGUUUUUGUUCCCACAUAUGAGGAAGGCAUCGCUAAGGUCCUGGAUGGUAACUACGCUUUCCUGAUGGAGUCAACCAUGUUAGACUACAUCGUCCAGCGUGAUUGCAACCUCACGCAAAUCGGUGGUUUACUAGAUACGAAAGGAUACGGUAUCGCUACGCCAAUGGGCAGUCCAUGGCGCGAUAAAAUCUCGCUCGCUAUCCUCGAACUGCAGGAAAAGGGCGAGAUUCAAAUGCUCUACGAUAAAUGGUGGAAGAAUUCGGGGGAUACGUGCACGCGAAAUGAGAAAGGCAAAGAGUCCAAGGCGAAUUCCCUGGGUGUAGACAACAUUGGAGGCAUCUUUGUUGUUUUAUUGUGUGGACUGGCUUUCGCUGUCAUCGUGGCCAUCUUUGAAUUUUGCUAUAAUAGUAAAAAGAUUGCACUUACCGAAAAGAGAUCUUCUACAACACCACAUCAAUCUCUGUGCGCUGAAAUGGGCGGCGAGUUGUGUUUUGCACUGCGAUGUCGAGGAUCACGUCAACGACCUGCUUUGAGGAGACAGUGUUCAAAAUGUCUGCCGAGCGCAACAUACGUAGGUGGCGCCACUCUUGAGAUUCCACCACAUCCACCACUGCCACCAGCGCGCAUGCCACCUACGAAUGGAUUGGCAGCACAUCCAUGUCCCGAUGAACAAUUGACUGGAACGCUGCCAUUACCAAUCGAAUUCCAUCAUCACAUCCAUGAAGAACACCGUGGAUCAUACGACAAUUAUGACAGUUUGUCAUAAAUUUACAUUACCUUACAAAGUAAGGGAGGAUAUCUUAUAGGGCAGAAUAAAAAUUAUUCGUAUAUGCUAUAUUAAAGUAAAAAUAAAUAGAAAUUAUUUUGAUUGUUUCUAAAUAAAAAAGAACAGUUGUUGUUAUUAAACAAUUAAAUUAGGUGAUUUGUAAUCGUCGAUUCAUCCGUCCUUUUCCACGAUUGCAAGUCAUCUAAAAAUUAUCAUCAUCAUGGCAACUGUUCGAGUGUUUCGAAACAAUCAAACACACUUUAAAUUAAGCGGUAAUAUAGCACCUUUGAUAGGAAAAAACAUAGCGUAAUGAUAAAAAUGUACAUUGUUGUCACAUGUAAUCAGACAAAAAGGUAAUUGUGAUAAAUGUUUUAAAAUUACACGGAUUAAGUCAUAAAUUAUUCGUAUGUUACGUGGUUAUAACACAGAAGUAACUGAAUAAAACGAGUACUAAAUGUUG